CUUGAACAAAGGGAACUUACUCAAAUGGCUUGAACUUUGGAUUUUAGAAGCAGACGACAGAUAGGCUUUGAUUCCAGACGUCUAGAGUAUGGAGGAAGAAGAAGCAAAGAGUGGAACAGCAGUGCAGAUUAAAGAGGCUGAAGUGAGCCAAGAUAAUAAAACCUUCUGGACAAAUUUUGAUGGAUUUUCUUACAAUGACUUCGGAAGAACAGAAACUUUGAGCCACUGGCAGCUACCAAAGUUGCUGGAAGCAGCUAGGUAUUUUGCCCUCAUGAAAGGAUUGGCUGACUUUCCUUCCAUUAUUAAUCAGAUAUAUGGGAUUUUUGUUUAUGGGGUAGUCUACCACAUAGAUACAGCAUUUUGGAGAAUUCCACGCAAUAAAAACUUUCCAUUCAAGAUUGCCCAAAGUGUUGAUGACAUUGGUAAAACAUCUAUUACACUCUCUGGCAAACUAAUCAACAAACUAGAUAACAAAGAACUGGUCACUUUUAACAGCAAGACUGUAUAUGUUGAACGUGCCAGUGGACGUCCAGUGUCAUUGCCUGACUGGGUUGCUCCAAAAUGGUCACCUUCUGUCACAAAGAAACAGUUUCUGCAAUUUUCACCACAACCUUCUGAGGUACCAGAAGGAGCAUUUCAGUACAAUGUAACUGUAGCUGCCAGUGAUACAGAUGUCAAUAAGCACACCAACCAGGGCAGCUAUGUGCGUUUUUGCUGCGAUGCUGCUCAGGCUGCAGUCCUAGCACAGCAAUUAACUGGCUUUAAGGUGGACAUUGCACGCUAUCCACUUAAGAUUCUGGAAGUGGUGUAUGUAGGUCAGUCAAACACAGGCUAUAAACUCAACGUGUGGCUUUGGCAGGAAAAUAAUCAUAUCAAUCUUUUGCGGUUUGUCAUCAGACAUGAGGAUGGUAACAAUCGUCCCACCAUAUGCUAUGGAUUCAUGGAGUAUGGUCUGAUGCCGCUAAGUUCGCGGCUCUAGAUGAUUUGUGCCUUAUUUCAGUCAUCCAAGAACGUUUCACCUGCAAUAAUUUGGAAAUGUUACAUAAGAUGUGAUGCUUGUGUACAAUAUUGCCAUAGUUUUUUUGUCCACGGUCAUCUGUUUCUCAAUGGACGAAGGCCUACUGCAUUAUUUAAAACGUGUUUAAACAGUGUAUUUCUCUGUGAACAUUAGAAAUGCAUGCAGCAGGCGCAAGAGGAAAUGCAUUUACUGGAAGCUACGUUAAUACCCCUUCAGUUAACAGAUGUAGCAGUAAACAGAUUUACUGUAAACAGUGCCGAUACCGGUCAACAUAUAAAAAUCCAGGUAGCAUUUUGUUUCUAGAAUGACCUAUGAAGUCAGAGAGUGUUUGUUUCUUUUUUGCAUUAAGCAUAUGAAAUACUCACUGCACACUCCAAGUUUUGAAUGACUGCUGGCACCAAGAACUCUGGUGCAUCCUGAGAUAUUUUACCAUUUUUUCUUUUUUUUUUUUUGGCAAUAGUAUAUAGCGAAAAGUCUGAGGAAAGAAACGAAAAUCUAUAAAAGAUUUGCAUAUAUGUGUCUAUCCACAUUGCUAUAUUGGUGUGAACUGCUGAAUGAAUAUUGGCAUGCUUCAUUAAAUACUUAUGAUUUUCAUGAACUGUUUCUAUCAAUAAGACGGCUACAUUAGAUUUUCUCUUUUUCCUAAUUACCAAAGCUUUUCACGAAAAAAAAAAAAAAAAUUAGACAUUCUCUGAUAAACAUUUUCAAUGUUCCUUUUUUAAUUCAGUUCUAAGUAAAGGUUUGUUUAGAAUCUAUCUUUGCACACAUGGAGGGUAGGGAUGCUGAAAAAGAGUAUUGAUUUGGACACUGUUGAAACUGCAUGCUCCAGUAGAAUUUGAAUGAUAAAUUGCUCUGCUAUAUAAUUAGUAUGAAUGUUUUCUUGAUGUAUGACUGUAUGAAAUGUUGAAAGUUUGUUCCUAACUUCUAUGCACUUAACAAAGCCUACUUUACUGAUGAAAAAGAAAACGAUAAUAAAGUCAAUAAAUUUUAAUGGCAUCUUGGGAUUAUAAAACAAAUUUACCUAAGAAAAGUACUUACAAACUCACAAGCAUAAAAACAGAGACAUAGUUUUAGUUAAGAGAACUGACUACAUUUUUGAGGGGGAGCAAAAUUAUGCACAUCUACAAACCAAGAGGAAAUACCAACCACAACUGCCUUUUCACACUUUUGACUAAGGAUUCCAACCUGGCAUUUGUCAUCUUCUACUUACAUUGAAGGACAAAGCAGGUAGAGCAAAUUCUGAAUCUAAAUAUGUUCACAUUUGGGCAUGGAGCAAGAAAAAAUUUAUAAUGAAUGGAUACACUAUUCUUUGUAAACACUGUCAACACGAAAACGUGUCCCUUGUAAAAUGUAGUAAGUGCAGGCAUCAUACAAGCCUGUAGGUAAUACUGUCACUGAACAGCUUAUCUGAACUCAGCAUGGGGGAAGGGGAAAAACCCUACAUUCUACAACCACUGAUCUUAUUGAUGAUAAGUGCUAUGGGGCUACAAAAGUAAGAAGGGUAAAAAUGGUUGUGUGUGAUGGGGAUUAAGAAAAACAUUUGUUGGUACUGCAGCCAAAAAAAAA